AUGGCUCCGCCGCGUGAUGUCUGUGAGGGGCGGGAUUCUGAUCCAUCGGAGAUAGGUUUGCAGAUGAUUCCUGGACCUUGGUCUACGAUGAGUUCCUGCAACCAAACGAGAAUCACUGAGUUCGUUCUGCUCGGGAUACAAGGUUCUAUGGGUCUGAAGUAUUCACUUUUUGCUCUACUUUCUGUCACCUACAUUUUCACCAUAGCUGGGAACGUCCUCAUCAUUGUGCUGGUUCUGAGAAGUGACAAGCUUCACACUCCGAUGUAUUUCUUUUUGUGCCAUUUAUCCUUUUCUGACAUCUUAUUGUCUACAAACGUGGCCCCAUACCUAUUGUGUAUGUUAAUAGGUAAAUGUAAAUCUAUCUUGGUGAGCUCUUGCCUUACACAGUAUUUUUUUGGUUCCUCUUCAGCCGUUUCUGAAUGUUUCCUCCUUACGGCCAUGUCUUACGAUCGAUACUUGGCCAUCUGUAGCCCAUUGCACUAUAAGACCAUUAUGCACAUGAAGUUCUGCAUCCACCUCGUUGUUUGGUCUUGGUCACUUGUGUGUCUCCUCAAUCUGUCUUCUGUUAUUCUGAUGUCUCGCAUGGAGUUCUGUGGUUGUAACAUCAUUGAUGACCUUUACUGUGAUCAUGCUCCUCUCCUCAACGCUUCUUGCUCAGAUACCUCCAUCAUAGAACUGGAAACCAUUAUAUUUUCCAUACCCAUUGUGCUGUUUCCCUUCUUGUUUGUCAUCAUGACUUACAUUAGAAUCUUCAUUGCUAUCCUGAAGAUUUCCACCAUCUCCGGAAGAAGGAAAGCCUUCUCUACUUGCAGUUCCCACAUGAUAGUUGUCGCAAUAUACUAUGGAACCUUGAUUGCGAAAUACACAGCACCUCCUUCGGGAAGUUCAUUGAAUGUCAACAAAGUUAUCUCCCUCUUAUAUACCGUGUUUACACCGCUACUAAAUCCUGCUGUAUAUAGCCUACGGAACCGUGAAAUAAAAGAAGCUAUGCAGAAAUGGGUACAUGUUAAUUAA